GGGGCCUGACGGGUCCUUCCUGCCCUGAGCCGCUCGGCCAGUCCCCCGACGUCAACCAACCACCGGAGAAAAAAACGGUAAAUCAACCCGAGCUUCUCCUCCAGCCGACCGGGUCCGGGAGUUAUGAUGGGCGGUAGGACCAGUGCGAUAGCCGCGGGGGUGUGCGGCGCUCUGCUCGUCGGUUACUGCAUCUAUUUCGACAAGAAAAGACGGAGUGACCCCAACUUCAAGAACAGGCUGCGGGAACGGAGGAGAAAGCAGAAGGCAGCCAAAGAGAGGGCAGGCCUGGCAAAGCUCCCAGACCUGAAGGACGCUGAGGCGGUGCAGAAGUUCUUCCUGGAGGAGAUCCAGCUGGGGGAGGAGCUGCUGGCUCAGGGAGACUAUGAGAAAGGUGUGGACCACCUGACCAACGCCAUCGCAGUGUGCGGUCAGCCUCAGCAGCUGUUGCAGGUGCUGCAGCAGACUCUGCCUCCACCCGUCUUCCAGAUGCUGCUCACCAAACUGCCCAGCAUCAGCCAGAGCAGUGAAGACCUGAACACCUUCUGCUAUCUCUCUGUCUGCAUCUUUCUUACUGAGGUCGACUGA